CACGGCGGAAGAUUCCUCACUGAAACCGCUUUCUCCCCAACUUACCAGACUUUUCUCACGGCGGCUGUCUCUGCCUCAGACUGUGUAGCCGUCUCUGUUGAUUACUGGUGUGCACCGGAGCAUUCGAUUCCGACGCCUUACGAUGAUUCGUGGACAGCUCUCAAAUGGGUUUUCUCCCACAUCACCGGAUAUGGUCAAGAAGAUUGGUUGAACAAAUACGCUGAUUUCACCAAAGUGUUCAUGGCCGGAGAUAGCGCCGGAGCGAACAUAACGCAUCACAUGGCGAUGAAAGCUGCUAAAGAUAAACUCAGUCCCGGUUUGAACGAUUCAGGAGUCACUGGAAUCGACGACAUGGAGACGACGGAUGUAGCAAUAAGGACGUGGAUCGAGUCGAUUUGGAUGUUGGCUUGUCCCAUAAGCAAAGAUGGAUUGGAUGAUCCGUUCAUCAACGUGGUGCAAUCAGAGUUGGUAGAUUUGUCCGGAUUGGAUUGCGGAAGGGUUUUGGUAAUGGUGGCUGAGAAAGACAAGUUGGUGAGGCAAGGUUGGGGUUACGGGAUGAAGCUUGUUGGAGAUUUACGAGACACUGAGCUUGUUUCUUUUUUACUCUCUUUCACUCUCAAUCCGCAAGAACUGUUGCUCUUUCCACCUAUUAUCACACCAAGCAAACCAAGCUAUUUGGUUACAAAGGCUGUUGGUUAA